UUGAGGGUCAGCAUGAGCAGCUGCUGCUCGGCUCCUUCAGGGUUUAUUUUGUCCAUUUUUAUAAGUUUCUAGGUGAUAGUUGGCGAAGACAGCAGCGGUGAGUGGUUUGGUUUCUCUGUUUCCGGUCAUAAAUGUGAUUUAUACACGAGAAAAAUAAAAACGAACAAAAAUAGCGGACCAGAUUCUUAUCAGCCCGUUAGCUAGCAUGCUAGCAGCUAGCUAGCAGUCCUCAGUGAAGCUCACCUGCUAAUUUAAGCGUUUAACUGUUUUAUUUUAAUAAUUUCAUUAUAGUAAUCACUGUAAAAGCAGCUGAGAUAUCUCUGCUUGUCUUGAAGAAGCUUCUUAUUGUGACAGAAAUAAAGAGAUUUAUGCGCAAACAGACUUUUCUGAGUAAAAUAUUAAUGUAUCACUAAUUAAUUGUUAGGCAACACUUCCUGUUUGAAGAGUGAUUUAUCACACAGGUGUGUGUCCGCGUGCAGAGACAGACUCACAGCCAGAAGGCUGAAAGUCAUAUAGUGAGCAUUAAAGUCACCUUGUAGUUUCUAUUGUUUGAGUUGAUUGUAUUUACUGUAGUGACUCAGAUUCACAUCAGAGCUCUGCUUUCUUUAGUUUCCACCUGCUGGAUCAGCCUCACAUCCUCUCUCUGUGCGCAUUAUUUCUUCUAGUAUCUGUUCUAGAAUAAAACUUUAUCCUCCACCAGAGUGGGACACCUUCUGUUCACUCAGAGCUUCACCUGUUUACAUAUAAACAGGAGAAAGCUGCUCCACCUGUUGGCUUAUUAACCCUGAGAUGAUGGAAACUCAGGCUCGGAGGCUGGGUGUAGCCUGAAGGAGCCACAUGGUGGGAUCACAUGCUUUGUGGAGGUUCUGGCAGCCCAGUCCCCGGUUACCAGAACUGAUUUUAUGGACAUGAAAUAUUAAAUGUGAAUGUUUGAGCUCAUCAGAACAUCAAGCUGAGGGAAAACAGAGUUAAGGCAGCUUUAACCUCCUGAGGCCUGAGCUCAUGUUUGGGCUGCAGCAGGUUUUAUGACGACCUUAAUAUGGCACAACUUUAGGAAAAGCUGUUGGGAUUUUAUUGUGAAACUGGGUUUUUGUUGUUUGGUUUAAACCCUCAGAGCAGCUGUAUCCGCCUCUCAAACGCUUUGCUUAAUUUAGUCUCUGAGGCUUCUUCUUUUUUGCUGCUUAUGUCCAAAACGUGUCGAGUUUCUCUUCUUGUGUUUCUGUCAGCCGUCAUGUCGAAUCCCGCUCUGCUCGUCCUGUACGGGAGUCAGACCGGGACGGCUCAGGACACGGCGCAGAGGCUCGCCCGGCAGGCGCGGAGACGGCGGCUGCAGGUGAGAGCGUCGCCUCUGGAUGGCUACAACGUGGCCGACCUGAUCUCAGAGUCUCUGGUCGUCUUUGUUUGCUCCACCACCGGUCAGGGAGACCCCCCCGACAACAUGAAGAAUUUCUGGCGGUUCCUCUUUAAGAAGUCUCUACCUGUCGGCUCUCUGAGUCGGCUGGACUGCGCCGUCCUGGGCCUGGGGGACUCCUCCUAUCCAAAGUUCAACUUCGUGGCCAAGAAGCUCCAUAAGCGCCUGCUGCAGCUCGGAGCCUGCGUGCUGCUGCCCGUGGGGCUGGCUGACGACCAGCACGACCUGGGGGCGGACGCUGUGAUCGACCCCUGGCUCGCUUCGUUUUGGGAGAAAGUGUCGGCUCUGUACCCGUAUCUGUCCGACGUGAUCCCGCUGAGGGACGACGAGCCACUUCCUCCAACCUACACAUUCCACUUCCUGGACGCUGUGGGAGAGAAGACGGAGGACCGGCUGAGGAUUCCCACAGAGCAAAGCGUCCCCUCCCCGACUCACCCGUUUCCUGCCAGGAUGGUGUUCAGCAGGAGGGUGACGGAGCCGUCGCACUUUCAGGACAUCAGACACAUUGAGUUUGACAUCACUGGGUCCAACAUUGAGUUUGCUGCCGGUGACGUGGUGAUGAUGCGUCCCUGUAACGCUCCUGAGGACGUGCAGCAGUUCUGUCAGUUACUCAGACUGGACCCGGAGGCCAGGUUCACCCUCCGGCCCACAGACAACGCUGCAGUCCCUGCCAGGCUUCCUCAGCCCUGCACUGUGCGCCACCUGGUGGAGAGCUACCUGGACAUUGCCGCUGUGCCUCGCCGCUCCUUCUUCGAGCUGCUGUCCACCUUCGCCACGAACGAGCUGGAGCGCGAGAAGCUGGCCGAGUUCAGCUCAGCGGAGGGCCAGGACGAGCUGCACAGCUACUGCAACCGACCCCGACGCACCGCGCUGGAGGUCUUGGCAGAUUUCCCUCACACCACAGCAGAGCUCACAGUGGACCACCUCCUGGACCUUUUCCCUGAGAUCCAGCCUCGGUCCUUCUCCAUCGCCUCCUCUCUGCAGGCUCACCCAGACAGGAUCCAGGUCCUGGUUGCUGUGGUCCGCUACAAAACCAAACUGUAUAAACCACGAAAAGGUCUCUGCUCCACCUGGUUAGCCUCUCUGGAUCCUGCACAAGGGGAAGUGUUGGUGCCUCUCUGGGUGAAGAAGGGAAGUCUGAAGUUCCCCACAGAGGAGGAGACCCCGGUCAUCAUGGUGGGGCCUGGAACGGGCGUGGCCCCCUUCAGGUCGGCGUUACAGGAGAGGACUGCAGACGGGAAAACCGCGAACGUCCUCUUCUUCGGCUGCCGCUCCGAGUCCAAAGACUUCUACUUCAGGUCUGAGUGGGAGGAGAUGAUGAAGGCUGGAUGUCUCAGACUCUUCACGGCCUUCUCUCGAGACCAGGAGGAGAAGGUGUACGUGCAGCACCGUGUGAGGGAGAGCGGCGAGCUCCUGUGGGACCUGAUCGCCAAUAAAAACGCCUGUUUUUACAUCGCCGGCAACGCGAAACAGAUGCCAGCCGGCGUGUGCGACGCCCUCAAAGAGGCGUUUCAGGAGGCGGGAGGCGCGUCUGCCGAGGAAGCCGAGCAGAUGCUGGCGGCCAUGGAGAAGACGGGUCGGUUUCAGAGCGAGACGUGGUCCUGAUUGGUCGACUUCAACCGCCUCACAAACCGGGAACCCUUCAGCUGUCAGCAGUAACUCAUUCUAACACGGACUCUUGAUCAUCAUGUGAGAAGAAAUAACCAAAACCCACCGGGAUCAUUUUACCCCCCAGGAAGUUCACUUUCUGUAGAUUCAGGAACCUCCGGGUUCAGCUUCAUCUGCAUCAUUCCAGCACAGUAAGUACCGUAGAAACUCGGCCAGCCGUUAUGAGGACGCAGCCAGAGAGGCGUUAAAUGGAGGCGUUCGUGGCUGCUUCAUUCUUUCUGCUGCUUUUGUCCUGCUGCAAAAACACAAAUCAGAUCUCAAACGUUCCCCUGAGGAAGUUCCUUUGGUUCACUCUGUUUGCCUCCCGCAGCUCCAGAGUCCACUGAGAGGGCUCAGCCUGUUUAAUGUGGGACUGAUGAGCAGUGACUAACCAACAUGAAACCUUUAAAGUCACUGUUUCAGUAUCACCAUCACAUCUCAGAGCCUCCCACCUGAUACAGUAACAUGAAACCUGCAGCUUCAACCAGGAGAGCUGAGCUGGUAGUAAAAACUAUUUAAUGUACUGAAGCAGCAAUGAUGCACUCACAUCACACACGAGUCAAAGCCGUCGCCUCGGAAACUCGCCGCUAACAGCCGGAGACACAGCUGACGGCAGGAAGCAGCGCCGAGGCGGCGGCUCUCCUCCCGUCUCUGUGGAAACGUCGGUGAGCUCCGCCUAUAUUUCUGACCGUCAGCGGCAUCGGGAGAACCUCGGCCGGUGGUUUCACGAUGCAGCUUGAAGCAGUUUGUUUCCUUGUGUGAAGUAUUUGAACCCGUCCGGCACAAAUUUACAUCAGUUCGCUUCAUUGUGUGGAACGUGUUUGUGAUCACGCUGUUAAAACUGCAUUUAUGUGAACUUUCAGACCUGUGAUAAACUCUGAGAGGGGCUGUAUGCACAUAAUCAUAUCUGUAAAACACCGUGUUUAUUGCACUUAAAUGAAACCAAAUGAACUGCUCUGCCUUAAAGUACGACUGAGAAGCUGUAAACAGUAAAAUGGAUCAGUGUGUUUUAAUGUCACAAUAAACUGCCUCAAUCUGAA